AGAGAUCGAUACAAAUAGCCAAGGCGAGUUCAUCGUUCGUAGAACUGAUUAACAUAGAAGGAAGAUGGUUGGAUGGUGGUGGUUUUUGUGGCUAUGACAGUAUUUAAAUAACUUUACUGGGUUUUCGAAACAAUUAUACGCGAACUGUACUAGCUUUUUCAUUGCGUUGUGUUAGUCGGGUGUGGGAUAUUUAUUUUUUCCCGCAAAAAUGUCAAAUUUGGCGGGGAUUCUGGUUGGUGCAUCGAGAAAUGAAGACAAUCCCCAGUAAAGGCAUGGGGAAACUAAAAUGUUUUGAAAUUCUUUGGACGGAAAAUAAAUCUGUGUUUUACCCGGGAGAGCGGGUAUCGGGAUGCGUAGUGCUGGACUUGAAGAAAGACGUGAAGCUUAGGUCCUUGAGAAUUUUUCUGAGAGGUGUGGCUAAAGUUCACUGGACCGAGUCCAGAAACACGGGCACCAGACUUGGGGCGUACACCGAGCAUUACAAUGCCGAGGUGGAGUACUUCUUCAAAAGACAAGUCUUGUUUGGUGGAGAAGUAACAGAUGGAAGAGAUCAUCUACUAGAAGCCGGUCAUCAUGACUUUAACUUCACUUUUGAUUUACCUAUGAGUGGAAUUUCCACAUCAUUUGAGGGCAAGCAUGGUAACAUUCGAUACUGGGUAAAGGCCGAGAUUGAUAAGCCUUGGUCAUUCAACCAUAAAACCAAGAAAGCCUUCACCGUCAUCAGUCCCAUAGACAUCAACCGUCCAGAGUACAUGAACUUUGUGGAGAGCAAUGUUGAGAAGACGCUAUGUUGCUGGUUUUGUACAUCAGGACCAGUGUCAAUCACCGCACGGACAGACAGACGGGGAUACUGUCCAGGUGAAUCGAUCCAGAUUUUUGCAGAAUUCAGCAAUCAUUCUUCACGGACUGUGACCCCUCAUGCUACUCUCUAUCAGUCUCAAAUCUUCUUUGCCGGCAACAAAUCAAAACUACGGAGGACCAAGUUUUGUACCAUUUCUGGUGCGGCUGUAUACCCUGGUGGAGUGGGCGUCUGGGAGUCUCAGGAGAUAGAAAUACCAGCUGUCUCCCCAACCAUUAGGAACUGCUGUAUCCUCAAAGUCAAGUACUUCAUUGAGGUUUCUCUCCACAUCCCUGGCUCCCAGAACCUGGCUCUACAGCUCCCCAUUGUGAUAGGUACCGUGCCUUACCGCCAGGACCGACACCCACCCACCAGCCUACAGGCCAGGGUACAGCUAGGCGACAUCUCUCUACUGCCAGCACCGCCACCCUACACAGAGAGCAUAGCACCACCACCCUUUGGAGAUCCACCCACGUAUCGUGAGAGUGUAGAGGGAGCAGUCAGUAUACUGGACGAUGAUGAUGACCCUGGUCAGAUGGGCAGUCUGACCUUUACACCUAUGUAUACUUAUGUGUAUGACUACAGAAGACCACCGGCUUAUUCUGAGAAUGACCCCCACCCUGUUUACUGAUCACCACUGGACCAACUCUUAAGUCAAGACAACAUGAAUCUCAUUCACCAGUGCUCUAAAUGAUGUGUACUUUUUAUACUUAUCUUUUACAUGACAUACAAAAUGUCAGAACUCUGAAGGGGAACAUAUAGCAUCUCUUUCCUGAAGAUCACACACAGAGUGCUUCAUUUUAUUUAUUCUUCAUUUUAUUUAUUCUUUGUUUAUUCCAUCUACCAGUAUUGAUAUUGUAAAAAGUUUGGUGCUAAUUUUGUAAGGCUUUGCAUUUAUAGAUUUAUAGUAGUUUUUGUCAGAAUUGAAAUUUAUACUUUUACAAAAAUACUGUAAACCAGCUAGUAUUUGUGACGUCUUAUUUACAACUUUUCAGUUAGGAGUCUUUUUGCAGCAGCUACUAAUUUUUGCAAUAAUGGCAACAUCUACAUGAAAACAAAGGUAAAUAAUUAGUUGGCAAUGAGAAGAAGUCUUAAUUUAAAGAAGGUUGCAAAAUUUGCAGAUAUUUCUUGCUCACAAAGAUAAGUUGGUUUACAGUACUAAUAUUUAAUUUCAUUGAAGUACAUGUGUACUGGUAUAUAAGGCUUGCCUCUUGUUGGAAUUAUUUAUGUUUGUAAAAUUUGUACUGUAUCUGUUAUUGGUAUGUGUUAAAGUAUGUGGAAUGAAUGAACACAUUUAGGCUAUUGAUUUAUGGCCAAAGUAUAAGAUUAAAUUUUACAUUAAGAAUAUAUUACAUGUAUAGGGGAAAAAUCUGCUGAUGAAGAAUGACAGGGCCACUAGUACCUCUGGCAAGUUAUGGUCCAUGGGACUCCAUUAGUACCAAUUAAUUUUCCCUCUUAAUUGGAAAUCGAGGUUGCUUGCGUGUGCCAUUGCCAGUACAGAUGUAUAGCAUAAUGUACAAUUUUGUAUUGUUGAUGUAAAAUCUAGUACAUGUACAGUGUAUAUCCUGUACAAAACCUGUGAAAUAAUUUGUAUUGUUCAUUGUAUAUAUUAAUAUAAUUAUAUUUAUUGUAAAGGCUAUUGAUAUUAUAUCUAUUACAAGGUUUAUCAGAUAAUUAAAAUGAAGGUACACAAUUCUGUGUGACAUUGACAAAAUUAUAAAUGUAAAGCAUGUGUAGUAAUAAACUGAAUUAAGUGUUAGAACUGUU